AUGUCCCAAUUUUUGCCAUUCGAGAAUCUGCCACCUCUCCGAAAGAUGGUCGUAGUUACGCUGGUUUGCGCCAUCGUCGGUGUGCCUGACAGCAACUUCGUCGUGGACAUUGACACGAGCCGACUGGUAGGUCACUUAAAGAAUGCAAUCAAGGAGAAGCAAGGACCGAAAAUCACUUGCGUUGCCAGUGACCUGCAGCUCUAUCUGGCGAAAAAGGACGGGACGUGGCUGUCAUAUGACGCUGAUCUGGACGAAUUGCUUCGGACUGAAGGAUUUCUGGAUCAUAUGGAGAAGAUGGACGCGUCGUGGAAAUUAGGCAGGUCAAGCCUGUUCGGUUCCGGUCUUUUUCUUGGAGAAGACGUUGUCCACGUGUUGGUGGUGCUUCCGCAGACUGUCACGUCAGGAAAAUUGAAUCUGGGUAUUCGACUGGCGAAAUUCUGGAAAGCGUUUCGAGAAGAUUACACCAAUACCGACCUCGUUGCUGGUAAUCUUAUCGCAUUACCAGAAAACACAUUUAUUCUUGGCCAGGAGAAAUAUGGCUCUCGUAUGUACGUACGUCAUUGCUAUCCGCAGCUAUGGAACGUUUGUUUGGGUGCUCUAAAGCGCCCAGAAAUUCACAAUCUUGUGAUUCUCGGCAACCCGGGAAUCGGCAAAACGUUUUUUGGCUAUUUCAUCUUGCUACAUCUUGCACGUCGUAAUGAAACAGUGGUUUUCGAGCCUGCCAGAGGGGAGGAUCGUUUCUUGUUCUGUGGCGGGACAGCGGUUGCAGGAUCGAACACGGAUUAUAAAGAUGUUCUCAAUCAGAGUGAAACAUUUUACGUUGUGGAUGCCAUCGCGCCAAUUAACUACGCGGCGAAGACAAUCCUUCUUACAUCACCACGACCGAAGGUCUGGAAGGCUUUUCAUAAAGACCAUUGCAAACGGUUUUAUAUGCCUGUCUGGACUGAGCAAGAGAUUCUGCAAUGUCGUGAGCUGAUGUAUUCGGACAGGCCAUUGGAAUGCGUGAUGGAAUGUUAUCGUAGGUGGGGCGGCAUUGCACGCUAUGUCUUGUGCUUUGCGAUGGAUCAGGAUCAACAGGAUUUGCUAGUUGAAGCGAUUGAUGAGGUUAAUUUGGAGGCGAUCGUCAAUUCAAAUGGAAAGAUGAGCGCGAAUGAUAUGAUGAUAUCGCACCGGAUACUUCACUUUCGUGUCAAGGACGAUUUCACUAAUGAGGGGUAUGGAUUUGCGUCGAGACACGUCCUCAACAUGGUUUAUCACAAUGUGUUUGCGAAAAACAGGGGAAGAUUACUGGCAUUUCUUUCUUCCUGUUCAAAGAUUGGCCCUUUUGCAGUGGUCUAUGGAUUAUUGUUUGAGUCGUAUGUGCAUUCAAUUCUGCCCCGUGGUGGAAGGUUUCGAGUUCGACGCUUGACUGAGGGUUCGGAAAAAAAAGCUGCAGGUGGGGAGAAGGGCGAUAGCAAGAUUACACGAGUCACCACUGAUGAAGAUAUUGAAGAAGUUGUGUUGCAAGAACGGGAAGUUACCGUUUUCGAGGGAAACGCUCGAGUGACCGCUGACGAUCCGCCAACAUACCUGUUGCCUGCUUCUGGUAAUUUUGAAUCGGUGGACGCAAUGGGCACGCCGAAUGAACUUUUCCAAAUGACUUGUGCAAAAGUGCACCCUUGCAAACGUCAAGGUCUUCGCAGAGUUCUGGAUAUGCUUGGAGAUCCAGCUGAACCGCGGUUGUAUUUUGUUGUUCCAGCUGAUGUCUUUGGGGAUUUUGAAUUUCAAAACUAUCAGAAAAGCAGGAGGAAAAAGGCGAAAGACACGCUGGACACUGACGAUAACCUGAAGGAGCUGAAGCAAUAUGUCAUGGAAAUUCCUCUUGUAGAGGAAAGUAAAAGAAUGAGACCUCACGAGGAAGAUUGUACAUGCCACCAGUCAAAAAUGGCGAAGCUCGACAUCAAGUAA